CUGAAGCAAUUUGCCCAAAGCACUGGAGGAGGAGUCUCCAUCAUUCAAAACCCUGAUGUAUCCUGAGCAGCUUGCUGAAAUUGACCCUGCUCUGUGCAGUACCAAAGCAAUCUCCAGAGUCCUCCAGCCUCAGCUAUUCUGAUUCUCCUGCUACUACUUGACUCAUCCAAAUGACAUUCCUCUUUACCUGUGUGCCUUCUGUUUUGUGGCAACUUCAAAGUGCAAUUUCAUUUAAAUUACUGAGCAGUACAAUUGGAGCCUCAUUCCCAAGCUCACAUCUACACAAUUACAUCUCCUUCACACCAACAGCCUUAUCUCAGGCUUCUACAUGGAACUGCCAGUAUAUUUAUACCAAAUUUUGCUGAAGCUUCCAAACCUUCAAGACAACUGGUUUGAGCAGCAUUCCCAAAAGAUGCUUUUGUAUCCUGUAGGACUUGAUACUAAAUCAAAGUACAGAAAUCAUUUAACAUUAACAGGAACCUCUGGUUAUAGUAGUUAUGAACCAAAGGAGGAGACCUACUAUGACUUUUUAAUUAUGCUGAAGAAUAUAUACUGUCAGCAAAUGAAGUCGAUGAGUCCUGCCUGAAAACAUCUGGGCAGCCAGUAGUACCCUGUGAACUGUUAAGUCUCACAGCUGUAUGACGUGCCUAGAUCAGAUGUGGAGCUUAAGUUGCUUCCUAUUGCACUCAAAAUAAGGGCUUUUGAUAUACACAAUUAUCAAUAAAGGGUUGACAACUAAUGAGUUUUUUCCAACAGAAAAUGAAGCUAUGCCUCAAAGUAUGAAGGAAUGCAACAGAUUUUCCAAUUCAUGUACAGAUCUUCAUGCAAUGAACUCCACUAUGCAGAUUUUAACAGAAAGUGCUUGGUGAGGUUGUCCUUACUCUCAGUUGUCAAAAAUGGAACAAUACACCAUAAACUGCUGCCUCCAGCUCUCAACAUGAGGCACUUUCGCAGAGUACUUCAGCUUGAGAAAGCUCUAUAAGCUACAAAAAAAAAAAAAGAAAACUUAGAAGACUUAUACAACACUUGUAGAAAAUAGAUAGAACCCAUUCCAUUAUCAAAGCCCAUUGUGCCCUAAGAAAAGGGCUCAAGAGCUCUGAGCAUGGUUGAUUUGCACAGUUAUGCCAUAACUCUAGAAGGACAGUAAUAUUUAUUAUUUUUAUGUUUAGGCUCAGCAACAUCCAUGGCAGUUGGAUAUGUCAAAGUAAACUGGGAUCUUACUGGAGAACUGGCUUUGGGAAUUUUCUCUGCAAUGGAUGCUGGUUCUCUGUUUCUCAUGUACUUUAUCGACAACAUCUGGGCAUGUUACGCUGGUUACCUUGCAUUUAAGGCAUGUUAUAUGCUCCUUAUAACAAUAGCAACGUUCCAGAUCGCUGUUAAUCUUAGCAUGGAGCGUUAUGCUUUGAUGUUUGGCUUCAACAACUUCAUUGCACUGGUGAUCCAGACAAUUUUAACUAUUGUUGUAGUGGAUCCAAACGGUCUGGGACUGGGUAUCAGCACCCAGUUUCUCAUUUACAGCAGCUACUUUACGUUCAUAGCUGGAAUUUUCCUGAUCAGAAGCAUAUACACCAUUAUCUCCAUGAAAUGCAGAAAUACCAGCAUGGCUGGUGAGCCCACUGGUCAUUAAGGAAUGUUGCAAAAAGAUGAAAAGAAUGACUGCAAGCAACACUUCAGAAGACUGCAUCAUCUAAACAAUUAACUAGGGGAAACUUCAUGCUCAACUAAACCUGUGCCUGUCACACAACCAACCAGACUUAUGAGCCUCCAACAUAAAGAGCUUCUUAAACAGGAAGAUGCAUUUUCCUGGUUUCCUUCACCAGUAAGUUCUAAUACCAAACAAUCCUCAAUCUUCCAUUUCAACUCAAAUUCAGUUAUGCAGUCCUGAUGUAAAAACUUGUAUUUUUGUUUGAUGGAUUGUCUCCCUCUACUCUGCCCUCAUGAGGCCCACCUGAUGUACUGCAUAGAGGUCUGGAGCCCCACAAGAAAGACGUGGAGCUCCUAGAACAGGCCCAGAGGACAACCAUGAAGAUGACCAGAGGUCUGGAGCACCUGUCCUACAAAAAAAAGCUUGGGCUUGAAGAAGAGAAGAUCUCAUUGUAGUUGAAUGGAGCUUAAAAGCUGGAAAGGGACUGACUUUUUACAUGGUCUGAUAGUGAUAGAACAAUGGGGAACAGCUUUCAACUAUUGAGAGAGCAGAGAUUUAGAUUACACGUUAGGAAUAAGUUUACUCAAAAGGCAGUGAGGCACUGUCAGAGAAGAUGUGGAUACCCUGAUCCCUGGAGAUGCUCAAGGCCAGGCUGGAUGGGGUUCUGGGCAGCCUGAGCUGGUGGAGGACAGCCAGCACACAGUAUGGGGUUGAACCUCCAUGAUCUUUAAGGCCCCUUCCAACCUAAUCCAUCCUGUGAUUUUAUGAACACAAUAGGAGAAAAUUGCAUACAGAUACUUGAAUCUCUCAGUGGCAGAGCUUAUAGAACAUCAGAGAACUUUCACUUUUGCUGAAUAUUUUAAUUAAUAAUUUUAUUUACUCUUAGAUACAAGGCAUUCAAACGUUCCUGGGGAGCCUAAAGAAGCAACUGUCCUACAGCAGCACACAGAUCUGUAAGACAGGUUGCCACAAACUUUUUGGACACUUGCACUUUUUCAACUGGAAGUUCUGACAUGAAUUUUUAAAGCAAGUUAAUACAAAUAAUAAUCAACCUUUCCUCACUCCACCUCAGCCUACAAAGAUGCUACCACUGUAUGUUCAACAAUGGAUUAAUACAUUCUCACAAAUGACCAAACACAUUCACUUCAGGUUCCACAGACAAUGAAUCCCUUCUAUAUCUAAAGUUGUGGCAUCAAGAAAAAUGCCAUUUUGUUCAGAAAAUGUUCCAGAUGCAGUGACAGCAGGACUGUGAAUCUGUUGAAGAUGUCUUGUACUCAUACACUGGCUUUCCCUUUUAAAGGUCUGUCUUGAUAAAGAGCUCUUAGCUUAAACAGUCAGCAUACACCUUCAUUAUGUAUGGUUCAUGGAGGUUUUCAUAAAACUUAUCUUUGGAAGCAAAAAAAUCUCCUAAACUAACUUCGUAUUUUUAAGGAAGCCAUUGGCAGAUACUUCAAUUCCAAUACAAGGCAGUCUUAAAUAAAAACAGUUAAAAGUUUAGAUACAACAACAGCUUAUCAGUGACUUCUUUUGACUACGUUCAAUAAACAGGUACUUUGGAGUCAUUUCUAUGAGAUAGCAGCAGUUUUCAUUAUGUUCCUCUACCACAAAGUACAGAUUAGUUAAGAGCAAGUAGUAAUAGACAUUUCCCCUAUUCAGCUCACCAGAAGAAAACCAUAACAAUUCAUUCCUCUAAAAACAUACUUUUUAAAAACAGCUUGGGCUUCCCUUUAUGACCCAGGAAGUUCUCCUUUCAACAGAGAAUGUUCAGAGACAAGCACUUGUCCAAAGCUUAGUUACAUCCAUUUAGAUGAAUCAAUUUGGAUGAAGGAAGUACAAGAUCGUUUGAUUGAUUUGGUUCAGUUCUCAUCAGUAAGUAAAUCUAAGCGUUCCACAGAUCCCUCUAAGUCCUUGCAGAUGCCCACUCUUUACUGCAUGCAUGUGUUAUUAUUCCAACAUUAUUCCAAUAUUCUCAACAAUAGAGAAGUCUAGUUAUUAUGCUAAAAGCAGUGAAGCACUGCUAGCACCAUGAAAACAGUCAAAUGUUGGGAAUUUGUUUAAUGAACUCACUCAAAGAGAAUUACUCCAUGCACCAUAUUCCAUCCAUCAGUCCUUGUCAGAAGAAAAAGGAAGACUUCAAGUCUUUUAACAUCAAAUGCAUCAACAGGCCAGAACAGACCUUUAAGCAAAGAAUACUACCUAUAUGCAACUUAUUAUAUCCACUGUCCUAAAACUUAAAAAAAAAUAACACAUGGAAAUUACCAUUCCCCACACAUAGGCAACACUAGUCAGAAACACUGGCAUAUGAAGAGCAUUUUCACAGGCAGUGAUCAUAUCUGCCAGUUCCCCAGAAGACAAGCACAUCUCUACUCAGGCAGAUGACUACAAAAAGUUUCUUACCUUGAGGAAUUCUCCCAUUUAUUUCAAUCAGCUCACACACUCCUUCUCAAAAAUCUCUAAUAAUUUGAUCUCAUUUAUUCCUGUUAUUUUUAAAGUUAGAACUUUAUUCUUCAGCUGGCCAGAAACCCUCCUUUAAGCUUGAGGUCUGGGUACUCACAGCAUGUGUACAUUAAUUGUUUAAUUUCAGUGUUAUGCUUGAACAUAAGCCCAGUUAUCAGUGUUUAAAUUCCACCACUGAUUACUUUGAUGCUUGCAUUCUUCUUGCAACUUCUCUACCAUAGAUCAGACAAGCCAGACGUUUCUUCCUCUACAAAUACUAUGCUAAGAUGGCAGAAAACAUUCCAGAAAAUUAAGAAAUCCAAUCAAUUAACUUAGUGUUCCACUGGAGGUCUUACUAAUAUACACAAAUUUUAAUAAAAAGAACUACUCAAUCUGUGGUACCAAGGUCAUGUGUACUGUUGUGAUCACAGCUAAGUCACGUUCAAAGACUCCAUCACUAGCUGUGAGCAGCUGUCUUUCAGCAACAAACCAUUUUUCAAGUCACUACUCACCUCAGUGCUCUCAGUGUCCUUCAUUAUAUAGCUAUUAUCAGAGUUAUGUAAGAGUUCACGUAAACUCAUUCCUGAUAGAUAAGCCACUUCACUUGAACAGCACGCUUAAUCAUGAGGACGUAUUCAAGACUGUAGGAUAUGAAAAUUGAACUUAAAUUACUUCUGAGCACAUCAUUUCUGAUAGAUCAUUUGUGUAUGAGAUUCACAAUAUGAACAUUCUAACCCAAAUAAGUGUUACUGCACAGAAAUAAAGCUACACUUCUUUUUUCUAAUAUUUAUUUUUUUUUUUCCACCUGCAAACUGUAGCAAAACAUGAUCAGCUUUAUUAUGCAGACAGGUAUCCCUCUAACAUUAGAGAUUUAGGCAUGUAUAAAUAGAAGAGCUCUUAGGAAAGGAAAACAUUUUGAGAAAUGAACAAACCUUCAAUUUAAUUUCAUGACUUCCAAUACCAAUGGUUAAAAUGAUGUAGCUCAUUCAUUCCAAGAGAUACAACAGCACCUUAAAGUGGCUGAUCUAUUUCCCAGUAACAUUUUUCACAUAACAAUGUGUUAAAGUUACAAAUACUGAUAUGCACAAAUAGCUAUUUUCUAAGAAAAAUAUGUACAGUACUGCAGCAUAAUGAAUGUGGUAUCUGCAAUAACUUAUUAGCCAAUUUUAAUAUACAUGAUACCGCUACUUUUUUCCUGCCAGUUCACAGGUCCAAGGAUGUUACCACAGCCCUCUGUUUUGCACAUCAUUACCUGGGGAGGUGGAAGGGAGGGGGUUGAUUUUCUUUGUUUGCGUGUGUGUGUGAGGGGAGGGGAAUGACUCCUUGUUGGGUUUUUCGUGUUCUUUCCCCCCGCCCAAAGGUACACAAUGCAGGCUUUCAUUUUAACUUCUUAAAGACUUCUUUUGUGUUUAAAGCUAAUAUCAGUGAAACAAGACAACAGUGCAAGAGGCGCAGAGAUGUUAUGUGACCACAUAAGAGUUCUUUUGGGUAAAGUGUCUAUAAGGCUAUAAGAAAGGAUUGGUUGAUGAGUUUCCUGCUGGAAAUUGUCCUGUUGGUGCACCAGCC